GCUCACAGCUAUUGUGGUGGGGAAGGGGGGGUGGUUGGUGAACGUCACAGCUUGGGCUUUAUCUCCCCUGGCUGCGGGGACUCUGUAGCCCCUGGACUACUUAACAGCAAAACAGGCCAGAGCUGCAGCAGAUCCCUCCAGCCUCAGCAGCUGCUGGGAGAAUGGCCUAGGGGUGGUGGCACCACUGAGCAGCGGCUGAGUUUCCUAAGGGAUCUUGGAGACACCUGCAGCCCCUAUUUGCAGGCAAAGAUGAUUCCUGCCAGACUUAUAAGGGUGCUGCUUGCUCUGGUCUUUACAUUGUCAGACACCCUCUGCAGAGAAAGGGCCAGUGGCCRGCCAUCCAUGGCUCGGUGCAGCCUCUUUGGAAGUGACUUCAUCAACACCUUYGAUGAGAACAUGUAUAGCUUUGCAGGAGUGUGCAGUUACCUCCUGGCCGGGGACUGCCAGGAACACUCCUUCUCGAUUCUUGGGGACUUCCAAAAUGGCAAGAGAGUGAGACUCUCUGUGUAUCUUGGGGAAUUUUUUGACAUCCAUUUGUUUGUCAAUGGUACUGUGAUGCAGGGGGACCAAAGAAUCUCCAUGCCCUAUGCCUCUAAAGGGCUGUAUCUGGAGACUGAGGCUGGGUACUACAAGCUGUCCAGUGAGGACUAUGGUUUUGUGGCCAGGAUCGAUGGCAGCGGCAACUUUSAAGUCCUGCUGUCAGACAGACACUUCAACAAGACCUGUGGGCUGUGUGGUGACUUUAACAUCUUUGCUGAAGAUGACUUUAGGACCCAAGAAGGGACCUUGACCUCUGACCCCUACAUUUUUGCCAACUCCUGGGCUCUGAGCAGUGGGGAACAGCGAUGCGAACGAGCAUCUCCUCCCAGCAGUCCCUGCAACAGCUCCUCUGGGGAAAUGCAGAAGGUCCUGUGGGAACAGUGCCAGCUACUGAAGAGUGCCUCCGUGUUUGCCCGCUGCCACCCUCUGGUGGACCCCGAGCCGUUCGUGGCCCUGUGUGAGAAGACUUUGUGCACAUGUACUCGGGGAACGGAGUGCCCAUGCCCUGCCUUCCUGGAGUAUGCCCGGACCUGUGCCCAGGAGGGCAUGGUGCUGUACGGCUGGACUGACCACAGUGCAUGCCGCCCAGCAUGCCCUGCUGGCAUGGAGUAUAAGGACUGUGUGUCCCCUUGCCCCAGAACCUGCCAGAGCCUGCACAUCAAUGAAGUGUGUCAGGAGAAAUGUGUGGAUGGCUGCAGCUGCCCUGAGGGACAGCUCCUUGAUGAAGGCCGCUGUGUGGAGAGCGCCCAGUGUUCCUGUGUGCAUUCCGGGAAGCGGUACCCUCCAGGCGCCUCCCUCACUCGAGACUGCAACACCUGCAUUUGCCGAAAGAGCCUGUGGAUCUGCAGCAAUGAAGAAUGCCCAGGGGAGUGUCUUGUCACAGGCCAAUCUCACUUCAAGAGCUUUGACAACAGGUACUUCACCUUCAGUGGGAUCUGCCAGUACCUGCUGGCCCAGGACUGCCAGGAUCACUCCUUCUCCAUUGUCAUAGAGACUGUGCAGUGUGCUGAUGACCCUGAUGCUGUUUGCACCCGCUCAGCCACUGUGAGGCUGCCCACCCUGCACAACAGUCUCGUGAAGCUGAAGCAUGGAGGAGGAGUCUCCAUGAAUGGCCAGGAUGUCCAGGUCCCCCUCCUUCAAGGUGACCUCCGCAUCCAGCACACUGUGAUGACCUCUGUGCGCCUCAGCUAUGGGGAGGACCUGCAGGUGGAGUGGGAUGGCCGUGGGAAGCUGCUGGUGAAGCUGUCCCCACUUUAUGCCGGGAAGACCUGUGGCUUGUGUGGGAAUUACAAUGGCAACAAGGGUGACGACUUCCUCACCCCCGCGGGCCUGGUGGAGCCCCUGGUGGUGGACUUCGGGAACGCCUGGAAGCUGCACGGGGACUGUCAGGACCUGCAGAAGCAGCACAGCGAUCCCUGUAGCCUCAACCCGCGCCUGACCAGGUUCGCAGAGGAGGCCUGCUCUCUCCUGACGUCCUCCACGUUCGAGGCCUGCCACCACACAGUCAGCCCUCUGCCCUAUCUGCAGAACUGCCGAUAUGACGUCUGCUCCUGCUCCGACGGCAGGGAUUGUCUGUGCAAUGCUGUGGCCAACUACGCUGCGGCCUGUGCCCGGAGGGGCGUGCACAUCGCAUGGCGCAAGUCCAACUUCUGUGCGCUGCACUGCCCCAAGGGCCAGGUGUUCCUGCAGUGUGGGACACCCUGCAACCUGACCUGCCGCUCCCUCUCUUACCCGGAUGAAGAAUGUGAUGAGGUCUGUCUGGAGGGCUGCUUCUGCCCCCCAGGGCUCUACCAGGAUGAAAGAGGGGACUGUGUGCCCAAGGCACAGUGCCCCUGUUACUAUGAUGGUGAGAUCUUCCAGCCUGCGGACAUCUUCUCAGACCACCACACCAUGUGCUACUGUGAGGACGGCUUCAUGCACUGCACCACCAGUGGAGCCCCGGGAAGCCUGUGGCCAGACACUGUCCUCAGCAAUCCCCUGUCCCAUCGCAGCAAAAGGAGCCUAUCCUGUCGGCCACCCAUGGUCAAGUUGGUGUGUCCCGCUGACAAUCCGCGAGCUGAGGGGCUGGAGUGUGCUAAGACGUGCCAGAACUAUGACCUGGAGUGCAUGAGCAUGGGCUGCGUCUCUGGCUGCCUCUGCCCCCCUGGCAUGGUCCGGCAUGAAAACAAAUGUGUGGCCCUGGAAAGGUGUCCCUGCUUCCACCAGGGCAAAGAGUAUGCCCCGGGAGAAACGGUGAAGAUUGACUGCAAUACUUGUGUCUGUCGGGACCGGAAGUGGAAUUGCACAGACCACGUGUGUGAUGCUACUUGCUCCGCGAUUGGCAUGGCUCACUACCUCACCUUUGAUGGGCUCAAAUAUAUGUUCCCUGGGGAAUGCCAGUACGUUCUGGCACAGGAUUACUGUGGCAGUAACCCGGGGACAUUUAGGAUCYUUGUGGGGAAUGAGGGGUGCAGUUACCCCUCAGUGAAAUGCAAGAAGCGGGUCACCAUCCUGGUGGAAGGAGGAGAGAUUGAACUAUUUGACAACGAGGUGAAUGUGAAGAGGCCCAUGAAGGAUGAGACUCACUUUGAGGUGGUGGAGUCUGGCCGGUACAUCAUUCUGCUGCUGGGCAAAGCCCUCUCUGUGGUCUGGGACCACCACCUGGCCAUCUCCGUGGUCCUGAAGCAGACAUACCAGGAGCAAGUCUGUGGCCUAUGUGGGAAUUUUGACGGCAUUCAGAACAACGACUUCACCAGCAGCAACCUCAAAGUGGAAGAAGACCCCGUGGAUUUUGGGAACUCCUGGAAAGUGAGCUCACAGUGUGCCGACACCAGAAAAGUGCCACUGGACGUGUCCCCUGCCACCUGCCAUAACAACAUCAUGAAGCAGACGAUGGUGGAUUCCUCUUGCAGAAUCCUCACCAGUGACAUCUUCCAGGACUGCCACAAGCUGGUGGACCCUGAGCCGUACCUGGACAUCUGCAUUUAYGACACCUGUUCCUGUGAGUCCAUUGGGGACUGUUCCUGCUUCUGUGACACCAUCGCUGCCUACGCCCACGUGUGUGCCCAGCAUGGCAAGGUGGUGACCUGGAGGACGGCCACAUUGUGCCCCCAGAGCUGUGAGGAGAAGAAUCUCCGGGAGAAUGGAUAUGAGUGUGAGUGGCGCUAUAACAGCUGCGCGCCUGCCUGUCCCGUCACCUGCCAGCACCCGGAGCCUCUGGCCUGCCCUGUGCAGUGUGUGGAGGGCUGCCAUGCACACUGCCCUUCAGGGAAAAUCCUGGAUGAACUUCUGCAGACCUGCAUCGACCCCCAAGACUGCCCCGUGUGUGAGGUGGCUGGCCGGCGCUUAGCCCCUGGAAGGAAAGUCACCUUGAACCCCGAUGACCCUGCGCGCUGCCAGACUUGUCACUGUGAUGGUGCCAACCUUACCUGUGAAGCCUGCCAGGAACCUGGAGGCCUGGUGUUGCCCCCCACAGAUGCCCCACUUGGGGCCACCACCCCGUAUGUGGAGGACACCCCAGAGCCACCCAUGCAUGACUUCUACUGCAGCAAGCUGCUGGAUCUGGUCUUCCUGCUGGAUGGUUCCUCCAAGCUCUCCGAGGCUGAGUUUGAAGUGCUGAAGGCCUUUGUCGUGGGUAUGAUGGAGAGACUACAAAUCUCCCAGAAGCGGAUCCGUGUGGCUGUGGUGGAGUACCAUGACGGCUCCCAUGCCUACAUUGAACUCAAGGCUCGGAAGCGGCCCUCAGAGCUGCGGCGCAUCACCAGCCAGGUGAAGUACGUGGGCAGCCAGGUGGCCUCCACCAGCGAGGUCCUGAAGUACACUCUGUUCCAAAUCUUUGGCAAAAUCACCCGCCCUGAAGCCUCCCGCAUUGUGCUGCUCCUGACUGCCAGCCAGGAACCCCCAAAGAUGACCCGGAACUUGGUCCGCUAUGUCCAGGGACUGAAGAAGAAGAAGGUCAUUGUGAUACCGGUGGGCAUUGGGCCACAUGCCAACCUCAAGCAGAUCCGCCUCAUUGAGAAGCAGGCCCCUGAAAACAAGGCCUUUGUGCUGAGCAGCGUGGACGAGUUGGAGCAGCGAAGGGAUGAGAUCAUCAGCUACACCUGUGACCUUGCCCCCGAGGUCCCUGCACCCACGCAGCAUCCCCAAGUGGCACAAGUCACUGUGGGUCCCGGGCUCUUGGAAAUUUCACCAUCGGGACGCAGGAGGAACUCCAUGGUUCUGGAUGUGGUGUUUGUCCUGGAGGGCUCAGACAAAGUUGGGGAGGCCAACUUCAACAGGAGCAAGGAGUUCAUGGAAGAGGUGAUUCGGCGCAUGGACGUGGGCCAGGAUAGCAUCCACGUCUCUGUGCUGCAGUACUCGUACACGGUGACCGUGGAGCAUACCUUCAGCGAGGCGCAGUCCAAAGGAGACGUGCUGCAGCAGGUGCGGGAGAUCCGCUACCGGGGUGGAAACAGGACCAACACGGGACUGGCCCUGCAGUAUGUUUCUGAGAACAGCUUCUCUGCUGGCCAGGGAGACCGGGACCAGGCACCUAACCUGGUCUACAUGGUCACCGGAAAUCCUGCUUCUGAUGAGAUCAAGAGGUUGCCUGGAGACAUCCAGGUGGUGCCCAUUGGCGUGGGCCCGCAUGCUGAUGUGCAGGAGCUGGAGAGCAUCGGCUGGCCCUAUGCCCCCAUCUUCAUCCAGGACUUUGAGACACUCCCCCGAGAGGCUCCUGACUUGGUGCUGCAGAGGUGCUGCUCUGAAGAGGGGCUGCAGUUGCCCACUCUACCCACUGCCCCAGACUGCAGCCAGCCCCUGGAUGUGGUCCUUCUCCUGGAUGGCUCCUCUGGUCUUCCAGCUUCUUACUUUGAUGAAAUGAAGAGUUUUGCCAAGGCUUUCAUUUCCAAGGCCAACAUAGGGCCUCAUCUCACUCAGGUAUCCGUGCUCCAAUAUGGAAGCAUCACCACCAUCGAUGUGCCCUGGAAUGUGGCCCAGGACAAAGCCCAUUUACUGAAUCUAGUGGAUCUUAUGCAGCGGGAGGGAGGCCCCAGCCAAAUUGGGGAUGCUUUGGCUUUUGCUGUGCGAUAUGUCACUUCAGAAGUACAUGGUGCCAGGCCUGGAUCCUCAAAGGCAGUGGUCGUCCUGGUCAUGGACAUCUCCACUGAUUCAGUGGAUGCAGCAGCUGAAGUGGCCAGAUCCAGCCGAGUGUCAGUGUUCCCCAUUGGCAUUGGGGAUCGGUAUGACGAAGCCCAACUGAGGAUCUUGGCAGGCCCAGAGGCCAGGUCCAAUGUGGUAAGGCUCCAGCGAGUUGAAGACCUCCCGACGAUGGUCACCCUGGACAGUUCCUUCCUCCACAAGCUGUGCUCUGGGUUUGUUAGAAUUUGCAUGGAUGAAGAUGGGAAUGAGAAGAGGCCUGGGGAUGUCUGGACUUUGCCAGAUCAGUGCCACACAGUCACUUGCCUGCCAGAUGGUCAGACCUUGUUGAAGAAUCAUCGGGUCAACUGUGACCGGGGACCCAGGCCUUCAUGCCCCAGUGGCCAGUCCCCUAUUCGGGUGGAAGAGACCUGCGGCUGCCGCUGGACCUGCCCCUGUGUGUGCAUGGGCAGUUCCACUCGGCACAUUGUGACCUUUGAUGGGCAGAAUUUCAAGUUGACUGGCAGCUGUUCCUAUGUCCUGUUUCAAAACAAGGAGCAGGACCUGGAGGUGAUUCUCCACAAUGGUGCCUGCAGCCCUGGUGAGAGGCAGACCUGCAUGAAAUCCAUUGAGGUGAAGCAUGAUGGCCUCUCGGUUGAGCUCCACAGUGACAUGGAGGUGGCCGUGAAUGGGAGACUGGUCCCUGCCCCUUACAUGGGUGGGAACAUGGAGGUGAGCAUCUAUGGUGCCAUCAUGUAUGAGGUCAGAUUCCACCGUCUUGGCCACAUUAUCACAUUCACUCCACAAAACAACGAGUUUCAACUGCAGCUGAGCCCCAAGGUGUUUGCUUCAAAGAUGUAUGGCCUCUGUGGGAUCUGUGAUGAGAAUGGGGCCAACGACUUCAUGCUGAGGGACGGCACAGUCACCACAGACUGGAAAAGGCUCGUCCAGGAAUGGACAGUGCAGCAGCCAGGGCAGACGUGCCCGUUGGUUCCCGAGGAGCAGUGUCCUGUCUCUGACAGCUCCCACUGCCAGGUCCUCCUCUCAGCCCAGUUUGCUGAGUGCCACAAGGUCCUUGCCCCAGCCACGUUCUAUGCCAUCUGCCAGCAGGACGGUUGCCACCGGGAGCGAGUGUGUGAGGUGAUUGCCUCUUAUGCCCACCUCUGUCGGACCCAUGGGGUCUGUGUGGAUUGGAGGACACCUGAGUUCUGUGCCAUGUCAUGCCCACAGUCCUUCGUGUACAACCACUGUGAGCAUGGCUGCCUCCGGCACUGUGAUGGCAAUACGAGCUCCUGUGGGGACCAUCCCUCGGAAGGCUGCUUCUGUCCCCCACAGCAAGUCCUGCUGGAAGGCAGCUGUGUCCCUGCGGAGGCCUGCACUCAGUGUGUUGGGGAGGAUGGAGCCCAGCACCAGUUCCUAGAGAGCUGGGUUCCAGACAAUCAGCCCUGUCAGAUCUGCACCUGCCUCAGUGAGCGCAAGAUCAAGUGCAUGUCGCAGCCCUGCCCCACUACCAAAGCUCCCACAUGUGGUUCUUGUGAAGUGGCCCGACUCCAUCAGAAUGCAGACCAGUGCUGCCCAGAGUAUGAGUGUGUGUGUGACCUGGUGAGCUGUGACCUGCCCCCGGUGCCUCCCUGUGAAGGAGGGCUCCAGCCAACGCUGACCAACCCCGGCGAGUGCAGACCCAACUUUACCUGUGUCUGCAGAAAGGAGGAGUGCACAAGAGAGUCCCCACCUGCCUGCCCCCCACACCGGACACCUGCCCUUCGGAAGACCCAGUGCUGUGAUGAAUAUGAGUGUGUCUGCAAUUGUGUCAACUCCACUGUGAGCUGCCCACCAGGGUACCUGGCCUCGGCCACCACCAAUGACUGUGGCUGCACCACAACCACCUGCCUUCCUGACAAGGUGUGCGUCCACCGAGGCACCAUCUACCCUGUGGGCCAGUUCUGGGAGGAGGGCUGUGACGUGUGCACCUGCACAGACAUGGAAGAUGCUGUGAUGGGGCUGCGCGUGGCCCAGUGCUCUCAGAAGCCCUGUGAAGACAGUUGUCUGCCGGGCUCCACCUAUGUCCUCCAUGAAGGCGAGUGCUGUGGAAGGUGCCUGCCAUCUGCCUGUGAGGUGGUGACCGGAUCACCACGGGGGGACUCCCAGUCUUACUGGAAGAACGUUGGCUCUCACUGGGCUGUGCCUGAGAACCCCUGCCUCAUCAAUGAGUGUGUCCGAGUGAAGGAGGAGGUCUUUGUGCAACAGAGGAACGUUUCCUGUCCCCAGCUGGAAGUUCCCAUCUGUCCCACGGGCUUCCAACUGAGCUGUAAGACCACAGAGUGUUGCCCCAACUGUCGCUGCGAGCCUGUGGAGGCCUGUAUGCUCAAUGGCACCAUCAUUGGGCCUGGGAAAAGUGUGAUGGUGGACGUGUGCACAACCUGCCACUGCACCACGCAGGUGGGGGCCAUCUCUGGAUUCAAGCUGGAGUGCAGGAAGACCACCUGUGAGCCCUGCCCCGUGGGUUACAGGGAAGAGAAGACUCAAGGAGAAUGCUGUGGAAAGUGUUUGCCUACAGCUUGCACCAUUCAGCUAAGAGGAGGACAGAUCAUGACGCUGAAGCAUGACGAGACACUCCAGGAUGGCUGUGAUAGUCACUUCUGCAAGGUCAACGARAGAGGAGAGUACAUCUGGGAGAAGAGGGUCACGGGCUGCCCACCCUUUGAUGAACACAAGUGUCUGGCUGAGGGAGGGAAAAUUAUAAAAAUUCCAGGCACCUGCUGUGACACAUGUGAGGAGCCUGACUGCAAAGAGAUCACUGCCAGGGUGCAGUAUGUCAAAGUGGGAGACUGUAAGUCCCAAGAGGAAGUGGACAUUCAUUACUGCCAGGGCAAAUGUGCCAGCAAGGCUGUGUACUCCAUCGACACAGAGGAUGUACAGGACCAGUGCUCCUGCUGCUCACCCACACAGACAGAGCCCAUGCAUGUGCCCCUGCUCUGCACCAAUGGCUCUGUUGUGUACCAUGACAUCCUCAAUGCCAGGCAGUGCAGGUGUUCCCCCCGGAAGUGCAGCAAGUGAGGCUUGCUACAACUGCCAUGGAUGCCUGCUGCUGCCCUCCUUGGCCCGGCCAGCCAAAGUGCUGCCCGGUCGUCUGUACUACUGCUCUGGUUCCCACAAUAAAAGUCAAGCUCUCAUCUUG